CGUCAGUUAACAAACGUGGUCUGAAGAACCUUUCCCGUACCCGGUAAAACCUGCUUUAACAUCCGAGUCCCGGACCAGCCCGGCUGCGCACUGCUGUUAGACCCGGGGAGACACAAGCUGAAUAUUUAAAAUCUGGGUGUUUAGCAAUAUACUGAGAAUCACAGAAUAAUUCAUAUAUUUUUUUAAAUAUGUUUUUGCUUGUGUGUGGAGGCACAGCGCCCGGAAGGUGAAGCCAUUUAACGCUGCCACAGGCGGGUGUUUCUCGGCUGCUGCUCCUCCCGAGACGUGUCAGCAGUUAUACCGGGAAACUGUCGAUAAGGAGACGGACACAGAGGCACUUUCCACUCCGCCUGGUGGAGCACAAGAUACCGUUUUAGUGUAAAGACGCAGCAGCAGCUCUGCCUGUUGUCUCGUCGCUGCCACUCCGGCUCAAAGUUGCAACAUCAGCAGCCGCCGACCUGUUAGCUGCCAGCCGGUUGGUCCGUGCUAGGAGCAGUAGCUAGCUAACCUAGCUUAGCCGUCGGCUACCCUGGCUACCCGGGAAGAGCGUCUCCCAACAUGAGGCUGAAAUUAGGAUUCAUUUUACGGAGUGUGCUUGUCAUUGGGACGUUUCUUGGCUUGGUCGUGCUCUGGUCCUCUCUGUCACCCAAACCCAGCGAUGAAAACCCUUUUGGAAAACGGGCUGACAUUUUGCUGCCCAAAGGAGACCCAGCAGAUCAGUUUAAGCCUGUAGUGCCAUGGCCUCAUGUGGAGGGGGUGGAGGUUGACCUCAAUUCUAUUCGACUCAAACAUGGAGGAGCCAACCCUCCCCAGAACCCUGACCAGCCGUCCAACCAGAAGCAGGUGAUCCAGCAGCAGUAUGUGACGUUCAGACCUCACACUCAUUCCUACACCAGCCCCAUCCUGAAGAAAGGUAUCCUGGGAAACUUUGAGCCCAAGGAACCUGAGCCUCCAGGCGUCCCUGGCGGUCCUGGAGAAGGAGCUAAGCCUUUUGUCCUCGGUCCAGAGUACAAAGACUCAGUCCAGGCUUCCAUCAAAGAGUUUGGCUUCAACAUGGUGGCUAGUGACAUGAUCUCACUGGACAGAACCAUCAGUGAUAUACGACAUGAAGAGUGUAAGUACUGGCAUUAUGACGAAAAACUGCUGACCUCCAGUGUAGUGAUAGUCUUCCACAAUGAGGGCUGGUCUACACUGAUGAGAACCGUCCACAGUGUCAUCAAGAGGACUCCCAGGAAAUUCCUGGCUGAGAUAGUCCUGAUAGAUGACUACAGCAACAAAGUCCAUCUGAAGGAGCGUUUAGAGGAGUACAUCAAGCAAUGGAACGGACUUGUGAAACUCUUCAGAAAUGAGAAAAGAGAAGGACUGAUCCAGGCCAGGAGUAUAGGAGCCCACAAAGCCACUAAAGGACAGGUGCUGAUCUACCUUGAUGCUCAUUGUGAGGUUGGAAUCAAUUGGUAUGCUCCACUGGUUGCUCCUAUUUCAAAAGACAGGUCAGUAUGUACAGUUCCACUGAUAGACUAUAUAGAUGGUAAUGAGUACAGUAUGGAGCCUCAGCAGGGUGGAGAUGAGGACGGCCUGGCCAGAGGAGCAUGGGAUUGGAGCCUGCUCUGGAAGAGAGUGCCACUUAGCCAGAGAGAGAAGGCCAAGAGAAAGCAUACCACCGAGCCGUACCGGUCACCAGCCAUGGCAGGUGGUCUGUUUGCUAUAGAGAGAGACUUCUUCUUUGAGCUGGGUCUGUAUGACCCAGGACUGCAGAUAUGGGGAGGAGAGAAUUUUGAAAUAUCAUACAAGAUCUGGCAAUGUGGCGGCCAGCUGCUCUUUGUACCAUGCUCCCGUGUCGGCCACAUCUACAGACUUCAGGGAUGGCAAGGCAACCCUCCACCUGCACAUGUUGGAUCCUCACCCACUCUGAAGAACUAUGUCCGUGUGGUGGAGGUAUGGUGGGAUGAUUAUAAGGACUACUUCUAUGCCAGUCGUCCUGAAACUCUCACUCUAGCCUACGGCGACAUCAGUGAGCUUAAACGCUUCAGGGAGGAACAUCGAUGCAAGAGCUUCAAAUGGUUCAUGGAGGAGAUAGCGUAUGACAUUCCACAGCACUAUCCUCUGCCUCCUAAAAAUGUAGAAUGGGGGGAGAUUCGGGGCUUUGAGACAAGUUACUGUAUCGACAGUAUGGGACACACCAAUGGAGGCACUGUGGAAAUAGGACCGUGCCACAGGAUGGGGGGCAACCAGUUGUUCCGUAUAAAUGAAGCCAACCAGCUGAUGCAGUACGACCAGUGCCUGACCAGAGGAGAUAAUUCAGCUGUCAUUAUCACACACUGUGACCAGAACCAGCACACUGAGUGGAAGUACUUCAAGGAUCUCCAUCGGUUCACUCAUGUGCCAACAGGGAAAUGUUUGGACCGCUCUGACCUGCUCCACAAAGUAUUCAUAUCAGACUGUGACACCAGUAAAACCACUCAGAAGUGGGAAAUGAACAACAUAGUGGCUGUAUGAAGUCUGAACAGCUGGCACAGAGAGGACCACUGGGAGCUUGGAGUACAAGAUGGUGACUAUUUGAGGACAUACACACUGAUUAGCACAUGCCAAGAACCACGCCCUUACUAUAAGUUUACAGAUAUAUAAAGCUGACACUGUCCUUUUGAAGAAAAUGUUCUUGUUAUGAGCCAGUCAUUGUUGGUGCACCUCAAACCUGAUGGAGUCAAACUUAAAGAUAGUGAGUGUCCACUCUAAACAGCUUCAACCCAAAACUGUUGACAUCAGCCCAAACAUGCCUCUGUCAAACUUCAGUCCAUAUAUUCAGCCACAACACAGACACAUAGGUGGUAGAACAGGUUGAUAUGGAGACUGAAGCUACUGGUCCUCAGAAACACUGAAGUGGAAACAUGUUGGGCUCUGUCUAAGUCCCUCAUGGUUCUGUUUACCACCUCUCUCUAUCUGCUCUGUUCAGGUCUUUUCUAAACCACUACACUGAUUUAUGGAAUCAAUCACAUACACUCUAACCAUUGAACAGUCAUGCUCUAAUUAGACAUUUUCAAUCAAACUGAUUAGCUCACUUACCAAAGAGUCUUCACAUCAUCAGCGUGUUUAACCAAGUGUUUGUACAGACACUGGCUGGUAUAAUACCUGCUUUUGUCUGCAUGUCAUGGCUUGAUGGCUUUAGGAUGUCAAAAAAAACAUUUAUUGGAAAUAUCAAAAGAGAACACUCAGGUGAGCCAAUUCUGUUUAAUAGACUGAUAGCGUCACCAUGUCUGUUGAACUUAAUUUAACCUUCCUCUGAGGCCGAAGCAGACAGAAAGUGGAGAGGAUGUCUUCAAACUCCUACAGGCACAUGAGUAGGCUAAUAAGGACUAUGAAUUAUAUUUAUUUUUCUUCACAUUUGCACCCCAGUCAGUGAAAGGCAUUUUUAGCAUCCCUUGUUAGCAAUGUCCACAGACUGAGAAGCUUUAGAGGAGAGCACAGUGAUCUGACUGACUGAGAACUUAUGACCUGCCUGCCUUACUGACAGUCUUGAUGAGUAAUUCAGUAGCUGACCAGUUGACUGUGACUUAGUAACUUCCUGUCUGAAAAGGAAAAAAAAAAAAAAUACAGGGUUGUUGGGUUGGGGAAUGAUAACAAUAAGAAAUGCACAACUUAUGGUGGGGAAAACAACAAAGGAAAAAAUGUGACUGCAUUUUUGUUUGUUUUUGCGAGGGAAAGAGGGUUUUGGUGUAUGGAUCAUCAUGUAUGCAAUGUUUUGUACAAUGUAAAUAGAUUUCUUUCUAAAGAUGAUCAUGAUACAUUUUGUGAAGGGUCUUGAAUGAUGUAAAUAUCUAACUUAUAGCAGAGAUUUAAUAAUAUGGGCUGAACAGUGGGUGAUUGAGGAAAUAAAAGACCUGAUUUUUACUACG